CGAAUAACUCGAACUCGUCUAGAAACGCUGCGUCGGAGCAACUGCGCUUUGAAAGCUCGACAAAAUGCUCUGUAGCAAACAAGCUCGACAGCUAAAUGUUUGGACUCGGAAUAUUUUUUCCCUUAAGAAGCCUGGAGUGCAUGCAAUGCCUCUGCGCAGUAUUGGGGAAUCGAAAUCACAGAGGAGUGGAAAGCUUCAAGGCAAGGUGGCCCUGGUCACUGCAUCCACAGAAGGAAUUGGUUUUGCCACUGCUCGUAGCCUGGCUCUGGAAGGAGCGUCCGUAGUCCUCAGCAGUCGCCAUGAAGAGAAUGUGGAGCGUGCUGUAGCUGAACUACGCCACGAGAAUCUUAAUGUCACUGGCACUACUUGCAAUGCUGGCAAAAGUGCGGACAGGGAGAAACUUAUCAGCAAGGCUGUGAAGGAGUAUGGAGGCAUUGAUAUUUUAGUUUCAAAUGCGGGUUUCAACCCAUUUUUUGGCAAUAUUCUGGACACCACAGAGGACAUGUGGGACAAGGUCUUGGAUAUCAAUGUCAAAGCCAUGUUCAUGCUGUCAAAACUGGUUGUGCCACAUAUGGUACAACGAGGUGGAGGCUCAAUUGUCCUAAUGUCAUCGAUUGCUGGUUUUCAGCCUAUCCAGUUUUUGGGUCCCUACAGCGUUAGUAAAACAGCCUUGUUGGGCCUGACAAAGGCACUGGCCUUGGAGCUGGCUCCUUUGAAUGUCCGUGUGAACUGUGUGGCACCAGGAUUGAUCAAAACAAACUUCAGCAGUGCUCUGUGGAAAAAUGAAAAAUAUGGAGGUGAAUUCUUGAAGAAUGUAAGCAUGAAGAGGACUGGUGAACUCAAGGAAAUUUCUGGAGUGAUCUCUUUCUUGUGUUCUGAUGAUGCCACCUACAUAACUGGAGAAACCCUAGUUGCAGCUGGUGGAAUGUACUCACGGUUGUAG